CGCGAAAAUCGUGAGGAAAAUACACGCGAUUUCCCCGGUCAUGAAUUGUGAUUGAAUAGCGCGAGUUCUAGUAUUAAAUUUAUGUUUAUUACCAGUUCAAACAAGCGCCUUUAUUCGAAGGGGUAAACAUGGGUGCUUACUUAUCUGAGCCAAUCACGGAAAAGCACUCCGUCGAUGAAGAAUUGGAACACAUCACGUAUGGAGCGUCGAGCAUGCAAGGGUGGCGAUUGUCACAAGAGGAUGCACACAACUGUAUUCCAGAGUUUGAUGACAAAACAUCCCUAUUUGCUGUUUACGAUGGCCAUGGAGGUUCCGAGGUAGCGCAGUACUGCUCCAUGUAUUUUCCUGACUACCUGAAGAACAAUGAGGCGUACAGGAACGGCAACAUGGCACAGGCGUUGGAAGAUGCUUUUCUUGGAUUCGAUGAAACGCUGGUGAAGCCAUCCGUCGUUAAGGACCUGAAGGCAAUAGCUGGCGUUGAUGAUGACGAGGAAGAAGAUGACGAGGAAGACAAGGCUGCUUUGUUUGAAGAAGCCACCAUGCCCCUUGAGGAACUCCUGGCUCGCUACGGGGGAAGUGCUGAGCUGCAAUCAAAGAAGAUGAAAAAUCUCCAGGGCCUCUCCCAGGUGAAAUCACCGAUGCUGCGAGGAAAGCAACCGUUUCCCGGCGACAACGACGAGGGCGAAGCCCAGCUCCACAACGGCUCUGAAGAGAUGGACGGCUGCAUCCGCGAGUCCAAGGGCAAGGGCAAGGGCAAGAGGUCGAAGGUCGCCGACGUGAAAGCCGCGGGAGACAGCGAGGUCGCUGAGGUUAAGGCCGAGGCGAGCGAAGAAGCAAAACCGGAGACGGACGACGGUGAAUCGGAGACGAAGCUCGCAGACUGCCCGGCCGUCGCCGGCGGCGACCAGCCUGACUCGACCAGCGCCGAGUGUGAGGCGGCGCCACCGAGCGCGGUCGCCGGAGAUUCGUUGUCGAAGGAGGCCGAAAGCAACUGCGAGGACGCGGCGAAAGCCGACGAGAAAGCGGAGGAGACACCGGCGCCCUCGUCUAGCGUCGCGCAAAAGUCUGAGGCGAAAGACAGCGGCAAUGAGGCGGCAAGUGCAAGCGCGGAGGCGGCGCCCUCCUGUGUUUCAGCGAGCUCGGCUGAUGCUGAUGAAGGUGCUUCCAAAACAGGCCAGCGAUCAGCUGCUAAGACUAUCAGGGAUAUGAUUCUUAAAGCUGUGGCUGAGGCUGGAGGUGACGACGAAGACGAAGACGAAGAAUUUGUGGCGAAGGAAGGAGAGGAGGAGGAUGAUGAGGAUGAGGAUGACGAUUACUAUGACGAGGAGAUGGAAGAGGAAGAGGAAGAGGAGGCAGAGGAAGAAGAAGAGGAGGAUGAGGCGGGAGACGGUGAAGAAGCCGGCUUGUUCAUGCCAGACAGAGAAAUGACAAGGAUAAAGAAAGCCGGUGGACGAGUGACGGCAGAAGGUAGAGUGAACGGCGGGCUCAACCUUUCUCGGGCCAUUGGUGAUCACGCAUACAAAAAGAACAAAAAACUUGCACUGAAGGACCAAAUGAUCACGUCACUGCCAGACAUUAGGACACUAUCUAUAUGUGAAGAUGAUGAAUUCAUUGUUGUCGCAUGUGACGGCAUAUGGAAUUCUAUGACCAGCCAAGAAGUCGUCGACUUCAUUAAGGAAAAAUUCAAAACCAACCUGGGGAAAUUAGCUCCAACUUGUGAAAACCUGUUCGAUGCUUGCAUCGCUUCGGACACUUCGGGCGACGGCACCGGCUGCGACAACAUGACCACGAUCAUCGUGACCUUCAACCACGCGAAGCUGCGCGCGGUCGCCGCGCGACGCAACGGCAAGCGGGCGUCCGUUGAGGCUGACAGCAACGACGAGAAGCGAGCGCGGAGCGGCGGCGACGACGAGAGAAAGCGGCUGAAGAAGGAGGCGGAGGAGGAGGAGGAGAAGGAGGCGGAGGCGGCCGCGGAGGCACCGGCUACUCUCGUAAAGAGUUAGGUGGCGUCGCGACGACGUUGUUGUUCGAGGGGAGAAGCUGUAGCUGAAGAGGGAAGAAGCUGAGGUUGUGGUUGCCACUGGUUACCGCGCUGCGCGGGGGACCCGGGAGGUGAUCCGUGUCGCCUCUCCCCAGCGCGUUGCCGUGGCGACCGUAACGAGGGAUCUCGUCACGAGUAAUUCGACCUCGGCGCGGCGACGCGGGGGACCCGUGGUUGAACGACGAAUACGAAUAGCUUCUACACACGCGACGCUCGCUCGCCUAAUCUCAGAUGCGAGUGUUAUCUCGCGGUAGAGGGACCAGGCGGGUGGGCAGGCCGUGGGCCCGCUCCUCGCAUCUUUCGCCCCCGGGUUUCGUCGAGUCUCCUAUCUGCGUUCUGAGUAGAGAGACGCGACCGUAGAAAACGUAACGCGGCGUGUGUUAUUCCGCCGACGGCUGUCACCACUAGCACUACCGUCGGCUCCCGUGCCAUCUAUCGGACUCUUGAGUAUCAAGCGGCGACGUAAUGUAGACGCCUGCGCUGCCGAGGCACGUUCCUCGAGUAGCAUGGGCGAGGGUAAACUGCAUUUAGCUGCAGUGAUGGAGUGAGUGAGAGAGAGUAUCAGUAGUGUGGUGGACGGUAUACGCCCAUCACACAUGUGUCUGUGGCGAACGACAUAGCGCGUGUUUAAGUAUGUGUAGCGUAGUUGCAAUAGUUCGUAUGAUAAUCUAGUGUUGGUUUCGGGACACAUGCAAAUGUGGGUUGACCGUGGUUUGACUCGGUGAUGUGACGUGAUGCCGGUGAGGGGCACCGCUGUGCUCAGAAGUGUUGUCACAGUCUUCCCAGAAAGAUCGUUCGUCACAUUUUGACGAUAGCUGAUGGUGUAGCACGCGCCAUCCCGCACUUCCCCCCCCCAUCAUCAUUCCAACCCUUACCUAGCCCCCCUCUCGCUAUGUAUGUACUCUGUGCUGACAUAGGCUGGUUCCCUCCCACUGAAUUCACAAUAAGGACAUGAGAAGCCGGCAGCUUGCGGAGUGCCGUUUCAUUGGCCGAGAGAAAGACUGCCAUUUGUCACGUUGCUAUGCGACGCGUAAACAAACGUCGACAAAAUUAACGGUUACUGUUCGGUUUGCACUCGUAUACGUUUUUACGUAUAACGUAAUAUACAUGAAAUCACGAGCUAAUAACACUGUGUACUGUCUAAUAAUGUAUUACUAGCUUUUGAUGAAAUAUAUAACGAGGCUCCUGUCUUGCUAAUGUA